GAGUAGCGGGAGCAGCCGAGGGGCAGGGCUGGAAGGAGCGCGCUGCGUUAAACUGCGGGUUCGGCCUUGGGGCGUGGCUUUCCCACCAUAGAGGCGAGCCCUGACGUCAAUGGGCGGGCCACGUUCUGGGGCGUGGCCUCCGGGCUUCAGAGCACUGCCUGUCUAGGGCGGGGCUGGAGAGAAAGGGUGGGGCCGCGCUCCGUCGGGGCGUGGCCUGUGGAACCCGAGAACCCCGGCGACACGGGGCCCCGGCGCGAGUCGGGGCGCGGGGUUCCUCCCACGCAGCCUCUCAUUCAAAAGAUGCCGAAGGGGCGGCGCGGCAGUCAGAGCCCCACGAUGAGCCAGCGGCCGGCUCCGCCCCUCUAUUUCCCUUCCCUCUACGACCGCGGCAUCUCCUCGUCCCCGCUCAGCGACUUUAGCAUCUGGAAGAAGCUCUUCGUGCCGCUGAAGGCGGGCGGGGCGCCGGCCGGUGGGGUGGCUGGGGACCGACCCCUGCCUCAGGGACCUCCGGCCCCGGCCCCUCCGCCGCCGCCUGGCCUCGGUCCCCCCAGCGAGCGCCCCUGCCCUCCGCCGUGGCCCUCCGGCCUGGCCUCCAUCCCCUACGAGCCACUGCGCUUCUUCUACUCGCCGCCGCCGCCGGGCCCCGAGGGGGCUGCUUCACCCCUGGCCCCCGGCCCCGCCACCCCACGGCUUGCCUCCGCCUCCCACCCGGAGGAGUUGUGCGAGCUGGAGAUCCGAAUUAAGGAGCUGGAGCUGCUCACCAUCACUGGGGAUGGCUUCGACUCCCAGCGCUAUAAAUUCCUGAAGGCGCUAAAAGAUGAGAAGUUACAAGGACUGAAGACCAGGCAAUCUGGAAAAAAGUCGGCCUCUCUGUCCUGAGCUGCUGCCCUCCAGAGCUGGGAAGCCGCCUCCAUAGGUGUUAGUGCUUAGAUAAUGUCUCCCAUUUGUUGUCAUUUCAAAGAUGGUUAUUUUCUGUUCUGUAUUUACUGCUGUUCUUGUUGCUCCCAGCACAUACUUCACAUACAAUACCCACUUGUGUGGUAAAUCUCAUGGUCUCUCUCCUCUGUGCCGCUGCUGGGGGAAGUCCCUUAUAGGGUAUUGAAGCUGCUGCUAAGCCAGCAUUCAGAGUUUCCUGACAUGAGAGGAAGGGCCCCCCAAUAUCACCAUAUUCACACAAACCAGAAGGAUGGAUGUGUAGGAGGGAAUUAGAAGAAACCAAGGGCAAUAGAUAUUCGGUUCUGCUGCUGUAUCUCUAGAGGCUCAGAAAGGUUCUUUGAGGACCAGAACUAAAACCAGAUGUUUUUCCCCUAAAAACAUCUUUUAGUCCAUGCGAGUGUUUAGUGUUUUAUAUUUUGCUUUAAAAAAUAUUUUUUUUUGGAACACAAAACUCUCUACUAGUCUUAUCAAAGCCAUGAUCCUUCCUAGAAAUUCAUGUGUAGUAUUCAAGAAACACUUGUCAAGUGCUGUUGUAUGUCCAUGCCCCUUCCUUAGAAUGGGGUCAGGAGACAGACUGACAGGUAGUAUUUUAAAUAAGCAAACCACAAUAUGGUAUCAAGAAGAUAACAUGCUUAGGAGGAUAAAACAAAGUAGUAGGGUAAGAAGAAGAUCAGAGGAAGGCAAAGCAGAAUUUCAAAUAGGGUUUCUUUUUGGAGGGGAGGGGUAUUGGGGAUUGAACUCCGCAGCACUCAACCACUGAGCCACAUCCUCAGCCCUAUUUUAUAUUAUUUAGAGUCAGGAUCUCACUGAGUUGCUUAGCAUUUCGCUGUUGCUGAGGCUGGCUUUGAACUCUAGAUCCUCCUGCCUCAGCUUCCCCAGCUGCUGGGAUUACAGGGUGUGCUACAGUAUCCAGCUCAAAUAGGGUUUCUUGAGAGGUACUUUUCAACAAGGUUUGGAAGAGAUUGAGGGUCAUAGCCAUGUAGAAACCUGGAGGAAUGUUCCAGGCAGAUGGGCCUAAGGGGGAGCAUGCCAGCAUUGUUGAAAGGCAGCCAACAGCCCAGAUGACUGGAGCAGGAGGUGAGAAGAGAGAGUGGUGGGUGUGAGUCCAGAGGGGGCCCAUGUGUGUAGGAUCUUACAGCCCUGAUGAGGACAUCAACCUUUACUCCAAGUGGCAGUGGUUAGAUGGCUUUCAGCCAAGGUGUGACAUGAUCUGACUUGUAGGUUAAAGAUUCUUCCUAUGCCUGUGAAUAGACCAUAGGGCUUUCAGCUGGCAAAUGGGAAGAGCAUUUAAGAGGUUGUAGUGAUUAGUGGCCCUAAAAAAAUGAUGCUGCAAUGAGGGGGUUGGAAUACAGGGUUACUGAGGUCUGAGACAGGAGACCACAGGUUUGGGGGAGAAGAUCAGCUAUUUAGUCUGAGAUAAGUGAGGCUCGCCUGUCUAGACAUCUAGACUUGGUAAUGGAGAUGCUAUGUAGCUGGAGGCUAUUUAAGCCUGGAGUUCAGAGGAAGGCUUGGACUGGGGCUAUAAGUUGCGGAGUUGCUGGGCGUGUAGGUGUAUUUGAAGGGUGAGAUCAAGUGAGACCAGCAAGGGAGUGAGUGUAGGAAGAAAGAGAGCCAAUUAUAGAGUAUCUCUAAUCCCAAAUCCAAGAUGCUCCAAAACCAAAAACUUUUUGAGCAUAUGUGACACCAUAGUGGAAAAUUUACAUCAUGAAAGUAUUUUAUGGACAAAAUUACUUAAGAUAUGGUAUAAGACUUCCUUCAGGUUAUGUGUUGGCCCCCUUUCCAACACUGUUGCAUUGAGGAUUCAUUUUCCAGUGUGAAUUUUGGAGGGAACAGGAACAGACCAUAGUGGGAGUGGUGGUGGGGGGAUUUAGCUCCUAGCAGAGAGAUUGGCUUUAGAGGAGAGUACGGAUGAUCCAUCUGCAGUGAUAGGAAGCUACAUCUAUGGUAUAGGGGUGUAGAUGCCAGUGAGUAAGUCAGGUGGUGGGAACCCUGGGAGUUGUAUAUUCACACACACAAGCAUGUGCAGCAACCUCCAGCUUAAGGAUGCAAAUGCGCAUGCCUGCAAGUCUGGAAACCCUGCAACUGAAGACAGGAAGCCGAGGGAGACUAUGGGGAACAGACACCUAGCUCCAGUCAGUAUUGCCAAGAUAGGAAUGUGGGCACAGGGUAAAUAAGGGCUCCUUGUUUCUCAAUCUCAGCAGUGAAUUCAGAUGUUUACAAAACACUAUGCAGGUACGUAGACCAAAUAAAGACUAUAUAAAUUCUCCCUAGAGUUGGCAGACUCAGCUCUGCCUACAGGAGCCCUCCCAUCCUGCGUGGGGAUUUGGAGCCCUAUCUCUCCUUCCUGGAAGAUGCCAGAUUCGAGCCCAGGCUGAUUGCUGCUAGAGAAGCUCUCUUGCUUUCCCAGAAAAUUUCAGGCUCACCAGACCAGUAAUGGGAAGGGGCUGAAGAAUCUUAACGAGAACAAAUAAGAAUAAACCAAGCAUGGAGAAAACCCAGCACAGAGAUCAUAUGUAGACAGAUAUGUCCAGGGGGCCUUGUUUUUCCAUUCUCUCUCCAGAGUCCAGACAGCCCCACCCAGAACAUACUCAUAAAGUGGCCAUUUAGUAAGUUCCCACGUGUGCUAGGCACAGGAAGGCAGUUGAUGUGAGUGAUCUCAUCUGCUGCUCCCCACCACCUUGUGACAGAUGGGUCCUAUUCUUGGCAUGUUUUAAAAGUGAGGAAGUAGGGUCUCUGAGAGGUUAAGUGACUUACCCUCAGGCACAGAGCCAGGACAUGGCAGAGCCAGGGUGGAACUCAGGUCUGUAAGACUGCUCAAAUGAUCCUCUGUGAGGUACAGAUGCAGAAGCUCCUAAAACAGAUGCAUCUGGCAUUUCUUCCAAGAAGUUCAGAUCCCUUUGCAUCUCUUCGUGCCUUGGGAAUAACAGGUGACAGGGCAAGCCAUCAAGGACAGUGAUCCCGGUAUCUUCUCAGCCCUGAUGCCUCAGUUCCCCUCCACACACACACAGCUGUAAGUGAACUUGCAGCAGGGUCCCCCACUCAGGACCCCCUGCUACAGUACAGGUGAGCCAGGCAGCUGCCAUUAGACCUCCUUCCCACCAACUCCCACUGGCCCAUUUCCUGCAGACCAGAGCUGGAGAAGCAAACAGGUUCACAGCUUAGUCUUAAAGUCCCAGCUCUCAUUAGCACUUGGGAGUUCUUGUGGAGGCCUUGAAUGGGCUCAGUGGGGGCCAGGGGUAUGGGUGGGGCAGGGGUGGCCUAAGUGCCGUCCAUGUGGCAUAUGUCUUUUCAACCCAGAUUUAAAUUCUGGGUUUCCAGUUUCAGGGGAAAAAAGAAUCUGGAAAAGGCCAAAGAGGAGUUCACAGUAGGAGCAUAUAAUCAAUACAAAAUUUCAGAAAGGAUGUACAGGUUCUGGAGAUCUGUUGUACAGCAUGUGACUAUAGUUAAUAAUCAUAUAUUAUGUUAAAACAAUAUAAUCUCUACUUAAUGGCAAUUUCUAGGCAUCACACAUAACAUUAAGCUUUUUACAUGGACCAUUUCACUUAAUACCCAUAAUGAUCCUAUAGGGUAGAGACUGCUAUCCUCAUUUUAUAGGUGGCCAAAAUUGAGGCACCAAGAAAUAAAGUAAUGUGGCCACAAUAUUACAGCUAGUAAAUACAAUUCAGACAGGGGCCAGUUCCAGAGCCUGCAUUCUUACUUGCUGGGCCACAAAGCCCCCAUGUGAACACCCUGAACAGAGCAGAGUGGGAAGUGUGGGUGAUGGUAAAUUGGGUUCUGGCAGGAAACAGUGACACACAAAAAUUGGAUAAUUCAAAAGAGUUUAAUAAAGCAAUGGUGCUAGGCCAGGGGCAGUGACGCACGCCUGUAAUCUCAGCUAAAAUCAGAAGGCUGAAGCAGGAGGAUUGAAAUGAAGUUUAAGGCCUGCCUUACCAAUUUAGCAAAACCUUGUCUCAAAGGAGGGUGGUAGCACUGGGGAUAUAGCUUAGAGGUAAAACACUCUUGGGUUCAAUUCCCAGUACUCCCUCACCCCCAGCCCUCAAAUAAAUAAAGGGAACUGUACUACA